AUGGAGCCUGCCGAAAGGAAAUUAUAUCAGCGUUUGCUGGUUUGUGCCGUUUUUCUUCCAAUCUCAGGUGUUUUAUGCUUUAGUGAGUUAUUUUUCGUCAAGGAGCCCCAUGAUGUCACCGUCAUGCGGAAAGAAGCCGUUAUUUUGGACUGUCAGGCACGUGGAGAGGCACCCAUUGAUGUCAGAUGGCUCAAGAAUGAAGUGAAAGUCGUGGAGAACGAGCGGGUUUACCGGCUCUCCAACGGCUCCCUCUAUAUUGCAGAGGUGGAGAGCAGAAGAGGAGACAAAUCAGAUGAAGGGCUCUAUCAGUGCCUGGCUCAGAACAAGUAUGGAGCAAUCCUGAGCCAAAAAGCCCGUCUUACAAUCGCAAGUAUCUCCUCUUUUGCACUCCAGCCGAUGUCCAUUGUGGUGACUGAAGGCUCAGUUGCCAGAUUUUCAUGUAAAAUCAGCGCACAUCCUCCUCCCAUCAUCACUUGGGAGUUCAAUCGGUUAACAUUACCCCUCACUACUGAAAGAAUCACAGUCCUGCCCAGCGGUGUUCUUCAGAUUUACGGUGUGCAGCGAUCAGAUGCCGGAAGUUACCGCUGCAUCGCAACCAACAUUGCCAGUCGCCGCCGGAGCACAGAAGCCACCCUCACUGUUACCCCAGCUCCCAGCCCCCGACUUCCCCAAAGACCCCAAAUCAUCGUCGGGCCACAGAACAUCUCAGUGCCGCUGCACCAGAGCGCCAUCCUGGAGUGCAUGGCCACAGGCAACCCUCGACCCAUCAUCUCCUGGAGUCGAGCCGACAGCAAGUCUAUUGACGUCUACAACACCAAAGUGUUAGGAAAUGGCAACCUCAUCAUCACAGACAUCAAGCCCCAGCAUGGAGGAGUGUAUAUGUGCAGAGCCACGACUCCCGGCACGCGAAACUACACCGUUACUUCAGCCAACGUCACUGUGCUCGCCCCUCCCUCCUUGAUGGAGUGGCCGGAGAGCCUGACCCGCCCUCGUGCUGGCACGGCCCGCUUCGUGUGCCACGCCGAAGGGUUUCCAACGCCUCACAUCACUUGGCUCAAGAACGGAGAGAAAGUUCACUCCAAUGGUCGGAUCAAGAUGUACAGCAGCAAACUGGUCAUCAACCAGAUCAUCCCUGAGGAUGACGCCAUCUAUCAGUGCCAGGCAGAGAAUGAGCAGGGAUCCGUGCUCUCCAUGGCGAGGCUGAUUGUGGUCAUGUCUGAGGACCGACCGAGCGCGCCCAGGAACAUCCGAGCGGACACGGUGUCCAGCUCCGCCAUUCUACUGGCCUGGGAGAGGCCUCUGUACAACUCCGAUAAAGUUAUUGCUUACUCCGUGCACUACAUGAAGGCUGAGGGAUUGAACAAUGAGGAAUAUCAAGUCGUUAUUGGAAACGAUACAACUCGCUAUAUUAUCGAUGAUCUGGAGCCAGCUCACAACUACACCUUCUACGUGGUGGCCUACAUGCCCAUGGGAGCCAGUCGCAUGUCAGACAACGUGUUCCAGCACACGCUCGAGGAUGUUCCCCUCCGUGCCCCAGAGCUCAGCCUCACCAGCCGCAGCCCCACAGACAUCCAGGUGUCCUGGCAGCCGCUUCCCGACAAGCUGAGCCGCGGCCAGAUCUCCGGCUACCGCUUGUCUUAUCGCACCACCUCGGAUAGCGCCGCCUCACAGAUAGAACUGCCCGGAGGAAAGACCCAGCAUCUCCUGGAAAACCUUCAGCCUGACACCAUCUAUCUUUUGCGUAUUGCUGCUGCGACCGCCGUUGGCUGGGGGGAGCAGUCCGCCUGGACAUCUCACCGCACACCAAAAGCAUCCAGUGCACGAGUUCCUCUGGCCCCUGAACUGUACUUGGAGCCUUCGAACUGCACCACCAUUUCAGCGCGAUGGAUCUUGUCACCGAAAAAUUCGGCUGGCGUGCAAGGCUUCAGACUCUUCUACCAUGAGGAGAGCCAGCCUGAGAGCAACCCGCUGCAGCUGCGUGCCGCUGACAAUGCUCACACCAUCGGGGGACUCGAUCCAAGAAAGAAGUACCACGUUAAGCUUCUGGCCUACAACGCUGUGGGAGACGGCUACCAGGCAGACCAGACCAUCAGCACGCCUGGAUGUGUCUCUGUUCGAGAUCGCCUCGUGCCGCCGCCGCCUCCUCCGCACAACGUGAACGCCAAGACCAACAGUUCAACCACAGUGUUUCUGCAGUGGGGCCGACCGGCCUUCACCUCCAGCCACGCCAUUAACUACACCGUCCGCUGCAACCCGGUGGGCCUCCAGAACGCCUCCCUGGUGCUCUACCUGCAGACACAUGAGCAGAACCUGCUGGUGCGAGAUCUGGAGCCGAACACCAAGUAUGAGUUUGCCAUUAGGCUUCAUAUUGACCAGCUGUCCAGCCCAUGGAGCCCUGUGGUCUAUCAGAGCACUUUCCCUGAAGCUCCCUCUCGACCACCUUCCAACGUCAAAGUGACCCUGAUUGAAGAGGACACAGCGCUCGUUUCGUGGAAACUCCCAGAUGAACCCAAUGUAGCUGUGACACAUUAUACCAUCCUGUAUGCUGCUAAAAAGGCCUGGAUAGCCGGUGAAUGGCAAGUGCUGCAGAGAGAAGGGAGCAUCACCAUGACACUGCUGGAAAACCUGAAGCCAGGACAGAUCUACUUAGUGAAAGUUUCCGCAUCUAACGACAUGGGUGACGGGCCGUUCUCUCACACGGUGGAGCUGAUGGUCCGAGCAGAUCUCUCCACCAAUGAUGUCCAGCUCUCCAGAGGCUCCACGCACUCAACAGCCUUCUCUGAGGGUUUCUACCAUCUGGACCAGAAGUCCAUGACCGGUAUCAGCGUGGGAGUCUCCAUCGCUCUCAUCUGCAUCAUCAUCUGUGCUUUCAUUAUUAUCUGCAGAGGCAAAAACAGAAAACUGUCAGCGGCUAAAACGUUCCGAGAGAGGGUCGGGGCAUCUGCUGAGGCCGGGGGGCAAUCAGGCUCUGAGAGACAGGCAGAGAGUGCUGAUGUGACCGUGCCCAUGAUAAACCAAGGCCAUUAUCUCGAUGCCAAGGGUGGAACAAGUCUUUUGAUCAAUUCUCUCGGCCCUGUUCAGCCCAACACUGAGAAGAAAAACAAAUGGCGUUUCUUCAACCGUAACAGGAAGAAAGAUGGUAAAACAGCACAGAACGUCAGACAUGGAGCCGUCUCCUACCAGGCGGGCACCACGGUGUUGACGUACGAGGACGAGAUGUCUGCCAGUCCCAGCCAGCCCACCGGCAUGCAGGCUCUGUUCGGGCCACCCGCCGACGCCGAGGGGUCCUCAAACAGCGAGGGCAGCCACGCCACGGGCGACUCGGGCCGCUAUUCCCACGACGAGACCGAGCUGACCAACCUGUCGUCCGGUCACAGCAGCCGCCCCUCGUCUCUGACCGGGGAAGACAGCGCUGACUCCGAGUGCUGCGGCUCUGCCGAGGAGACGAGUCUGACCGGCGUGAAGAAGACGGGGUCAGUCGAUGCCGACUGCUGUCGUCACCACGACCAGAGCAGCUCUCAGGCUGCACUGUCUGUCAUGUAG